CUCUGAUUGGCUGUGUGCUAGUCAGGGCGGGGAGAGAACAUGUGGCGGGCGCUGAAAGAAAGUAACAAAAAGACGCAGCCUGGCAAUGAGUAAAAUUCAGUUGGCAGCAUGCAGCAAGCAAGGAAUACAGCAUGGCACUGACAAACCACAGAAAUCGCCAAGGAAAUUUGAAGAAAGUACCAUGCUCUGCAAAGGAGUGCCCAGCCAGCAGUCUUCAUUUCAUACAUUCAGCAGUGCAGUUGAAAUUGAACUGUUUCGGAAAAGGCUGCUUGCCUGGUACAAUAAUUGCAAACGGGACCUUCCUUGGAGAAAACUGGCCACAAUUGAAGCUGAUGCUGACAGACGAGCAUAUGCUGUGUGGGUAUCUGAGAUCAUGCUCCAACAGACUCAAGUGGCUUCUGUGAUCAACUACUACAAUCGCUGGAUGCAGAAAUGGCCAACCUUACAGGAUCUAGCUGGAGCUUCACUGGAGGAAGUGAAUGAACUGUGGGCAGGGCUUGGCUACUAUUCUCGAGGGAAGCGGCUCCAGGAAGGUGCACAUAAGAUUGUAUCAGAGAUGGCAGGUCAUGUGCCCAGGACAGCAGAGGAGCUGCAGAAGCUGUUGCCAGGAGUAGGGAAGUACACUGCAGGAGCUAUUGCAUCCAUAGCAUUUGGCCAGGUGACAGGUGUGGUGGAUGGAAAUGUAAUUCGGGUCUUGUGCCGUGUACGAGCCAUUGGGGCUGAUCCCACCAAUUCUGCUGUUACCGAUAAAGUCUGGGCUUUAUCACACGCGCUGGUGGAUCCAGCCCAUCCAGGGGACUUUAACCAAGCUAUGAUGGAACUGGGGGCAAUGGUGUGCACUCCCAGGGCCCCAUUGUGCAUGAAGUGUCCAGUGAGGCAGCACUGCAGAGCUCACCACAGGGUAGAGAAGGAGCUGGAAGACUCUGCCAAGAGACUGACAGGAAGAUCUGCCUCCAAGAGUUCCUGGGUGCUGGAUGUAGAAGAAUGUGCCAACCUCACAGGAAGUUGCUCCCUUUGCCUGCCUCCUUCAGAGCUGUGGGACCGUAGUCUUGGUGUGACCAACUUCCCCAGGAAAGCUUCCAAGAAACAGCCCAGGAUAGAGAGAACGGCUACAUGUGUGCUACAGAGGAAAUGCCAUGAAGACAAGCCAGAGUACCUUAUUGUACAGAGACCCAGCACAGGUCUGCUGGCAGGGCUGUGGGAGUUUCCUAGCCUCCUCCUUGGCCCAGGGCAGGAGAAGCAGCAAAAAGCAACAGUGGCCAAUCACCUUCGCGCAUGGGUUGGCAGUGAAGUGGCUGUGGGACGCUUGCAGCAUGUUGGAGAGGUUCUUCAUAUGUUCUCCCACAUUCGCCAAACAUACACAAUCUACUUUUUGAACCUGGACAAGUAUGAAGGAAAUUGCAAAAUGGAAGCCACAUUGCCACCAUGCAAAUGGGUGACCAAAGUGAAAUUCCAGAAUUCAGCUGUUUCCACUGCCAUGAAGAAGGUCUUGAAAGCCUAUGAAAAAUGGAGCUCUGCAGUCAGUGUUUCCAAGGUUGCCAAGAGGAAACGGGACUCUCUGUGUGCCAGCAAGCCAGUACUUGAAGCAGAGAGCAGCUCUUCCAAGAAGCAACUUUCUCUGGAUUCUUUUCUUGCAUCUCACCCAAAGAGCUGACUAUACUGUCUGUAACCUUCCUGAACUAACACAUGCAGGGAUACACCUCUCUUCAAUCCAAGCAAUAAUAAACAGUACUUAGGAGCACCACUGGUGGCUCCCUCAGAUGCCUGUAAUUAGAAUCUCAGGUUUUAGAACUCUCCUGGCAGUGCAUGGUGGGGGUGGUGUCAAACAGUAUGAGCAAAGCUUAGUGGUGUGGGGGUUUCCUCCCCACCCAUCUUUUGAGUGUCUCAGCCUAUAACCUGGAUGAUAAAAAGAGAUAGCCCUGGAUUUUCAGCAAACUUGUAGAUGUCUUGAAGGGAAAUGGCUGUGAUCAGAGGGGAGAACGCUGAGGAUUUAACAAUCUGCUCUGUUUACGUACACCAUACAAGUAACUGUGGAUGCUCCAAAGAAGAAGGUAGGGAUUUCUUGGCGUCACUGUGGUAUGUAACAAAAUUGAAGUGCAUGGGGGUAGAUUAACCAUGCUGGGUGAGACAACUCCCCUUCUCCAGUGUCUGCAGAGCAAAACAGUUCAACAAGAGAUAUCUUAUGCAUCCAAUAUUGUUUUCUUAGCGCAAUUGCUUCCCAUAGGCAAAUAACUGUAUACAAUUAUGACAAAAACCAGUCACACACCACCAUAUCUUACUGUGAUUCUUGUUGGAGUUCCAUGAGUCAGCUGUUUUUAGAGUUUGCAAUA